AGCAGUCUCAAACAGGCGGAUGGGUUGGGCGCAGUUGGACGUUAUGGUUGACAGUGUGUUCUAAUUGUAAAUCAAAAUAAUCUAAGUAGAUAGUAGUGUUUUUCUGUUAUUAGAUAUCUUUAUAAAGUGAAAUCAUGGAAAAACCACUUCCUGUUCUGUUAUCUGUAAUACUUUUUGGAGCUCUAUGUGGUCCUUUAGCUGAUGCUGAAGGAGGAAGCCCAUGUCAAAUACCUUUGGUGAUACGAGGAUCAUGGUUUUCCUGGGAAAAUGGACGUAAUACUCUCACUGAAAUCAAUGCUGAAACUAUGACGAACAAGGGAUUUUGUAUAAACAUGCUUGAAGAAUAUCAUGUCAAUUACACAUUUGUUUUUCAAAAGUCUGUGUGUUAUAACUGUGUCAAGCUCUUUGUUCGAACAGUCAAUGUACUUCAGAAACUUGAAAGUAGUUGUGUAAAUUUGAUUCCUGGAGUAGAACCUACAGUAGAAAAUGUCUGUCAAGGUUUACAUCCAGAUCAACAACUAAUUACAUUAUUCUCUGAGAAUUAUGUUCCUGUCAACUGUCGUUCCUCAUUGGAAGGAGUAUGGCAAUUUGCAUAUCAGAACCGCUUCAGAUUUACUGGUGAAUGUUCACACCCAGAUGCCCAAAUACGAUCCUGCCAAACUGCCGGAACUCAAUUUCUUAUAACAAAUCAAAAGUUUAACAUCACUUAUAAAGAGUGUCCUGGCAUGAGAGGAACUUUUAAUGGAUUGGUGGAGUACAGUUGUCUUGGUGAUUGGUUCGUGGAUAAAAACCACUUCUUUGCGGUAGCAAACACAAAGGAAUCAAGAAAGGACGAAAAAUAUCGUUGCUUCCUGAAAAAUCGCGACGACGAUCUCUACAUAGGAGUAUCUAUAACAGCUGAAUGUAAUACACUAAAAACCGUGGAGAAGAGCCCUGAACGUUUGAGAGUGACACCAGUGAAAGCUGAGGUGGUAGAACCAGGUUGUCGAUUACCAGAAAAUAUGACAGGAGAGUGGAUAAAUACAGCUAACAUUGAUGCUGACAUUUUUAUUAAUGAAACUCACAUAAUUGAGACUUGGUAUCCUGAUGAAGGUCGUUAUAGACGCACCAUCUAUGUAUGCCGUGAACAAAGAGACACCAGAGUAAUGAUGGCUAGACUAACUGUUGAUGGAUGUCAAAAGGACUACGUGUGCUUUGAUUUUGUACCACAGCAUCACAACAUUAUUAGAUACCGCCGUGGAAUUGCUGUUAUUAAAGAUGAUUUCUACACAGUUUGUUCCUGGGUACAAUUUCCAAAUAAAGAGUCUUGGAAAUACGAUUUAUUCCUAGCCAAACAUCCGGUACCUGUCCGCUGUCCAAUAGCUGGAAAAUAUAUGUUCACUCAAAAAGGGGACAUCCCCUUUGAGACAAGAAUUUUGGGCGGCGUUACACUCUCGCCACGUCCCAACAUUUACUGCCAAGAAAAUAUUUCUGACUUUUCCGUAUGCGAUACAGAUCAGAAGGAAGUCGCCAUUGAUGAAAAUUAUUGUUUAACUAUCGAUAAAGUAGGAAGACCUGUUGAUAUUUACAGUACACCGGAUUACAUAAUGAAGUGUAUUGGUUUUUGGAAAGAAAAUUUGAAAUCAUAUUUAAUCACAUAUGAUGAGUUGGAUCCAUUCAGCAAAUAUCGCUGUUGGGUAUAUCAGAGAGCUGAUUUAAAUCGAGUAUUGAUGUCCCAAGCCAUAGGACCAUUUUGUGACCUUGAACAAGACGUCACUAGUAGCAACUAUUCUGAGGGUGCUGCUGUUGCCCUAGAAUUGCAGGAAUAUGAACGUGAACGUGACCAAUGCCCAAUGCACUUUGAUGAUGGCAGCAACCCCUGGGUGGAAAGUGAAAAUUAUAAAAAAAUAUUUCACUUUGGUAGUGGAAAUACAUUGAUAUUCUCAACCUCAGCUGCAUUGAUCAUAGUCUUUAUCAAUUUCUAUAAUCUGGUGUAUUGAAACUUCAUUAAUUCUGAUGAGGUAUAAAUACUUAAGAUACAAGCAAAGGAACAAGAACACAAUCUCGUAUGUAUUUAGUUUUCACGUUUCAUUGCUCAUUACGUUUAUAAAUCUUUUAUAAUCUCGCAUCAAAGAAAUAUUUAGCAUAUGUGCGAUGAAUUUUAUAUUUGACAAAGAAAAUGGGUUUUAAUUUCAAACAUAAUUCAGGGAAUGGAAUGACAUUUGUCAUUUCGUAAGUGCCUUUUCGCGAAUAGUGUAAUUUUUUAGUAAAUAUUUUAACGCAGCUAACAUUCCAGUUAUGAUGUAUAUCUCAUUGUCAUAUGAAUUAUUCUAAACCAAAUCACAUACAUACAUGCUACAAUUUUAUAGAUA